UCUCUCUCUCUUUCUCUCUUCCAGCUGUCCAGCUUUCACACUCUGCUCAGGUAGUUUUGACACACUCUCAGCCACUGGAGCGCAAGACGAGGCAUGUUAGGUUGCACAUGAUGUAGAGCAGGCAGGGGCUUUCAACAAUGUAUUACAAAGAUUUAAACAUCCGUGAUCCACCGCUGAGCACCAAAGAAGUUUGAUAGUUGAGCUUCGCCACAGACUGUCUGGGCAGGAGAGAUAAAGCUGGAAAUGUGUCUCUUUGCAUAAGCUUUUUUUUUCUUUUUUCUUUUUUCCUUGAUAAGACAAAAGGGACGAUGCAAAUCUUCACAUGAAAGUGCUUUGUUGCUCUUCCACCCCCGUCUGCCCGUCAACUGACUCCAUUCUUCAACUUGACAUCAUCCUCUCACACAGAGAAAAGAAGAAGAAGGAGAAGGAGAGGAGAAGACGAAGCAGAGGUGGUGAGGCAAACAAGACAGACACAGAGGGAGGAGAGGAGAGGAGAGGAGAGGAGGUGGGCAGCACAGUUUCAGCUCACACAAGGCUGUGGAUGAGAAAGUGAUGGCAGCUACAACUUGGCCACUGUACUGAGAUGAAAUUUAGAGAGGAGACACCGGAGCUCUGCAGGGUACAGCGUCCGUCGAGAGCCCUAAAUUUGGAGAAAGACGAGUCAGCCCUCUCUGGAUCCUGCGCUCGCCCACAGCCAAAGGAUGAGAGGGGUCGACUUUCACCUUAGUUGCCAGGGAUGUGUUUGCACUACAGAGAGACGCCCCCCUCCAGCAUGUCCAAUGCUAUGUUACUCCUGAUGCUUUGCAAGAUUGGCGUGCAAGGAGAACUGCUGACUUUUCCAGGGAAAAUGGUAAAUACUGUCUACAGUGAUGAGGAAAAGGAAAUCCAAGACAAGGAAAGUAAGGAGGAGACCGUCUUGGCCAUGCUGGGCAUCAUCGGGACCGUCCUCAACUUGGUCGUCAUCAUCUUCGUCUACAUCUACACCACGUUGUAGAGAUUAAAGCAGCUGCAGUGAGGACGGUGGGACGAAGCUUGUCCUUCCGGAGAUGUGAACCGGAUCUCGGAGUGGAGUCACUCCUGCUUGGACUAUGGCUAACUGUCCUGCUCCUCACACGGGUAGAAUUACCCAGAAUAUGUUGAGUUGUACAUAAAUGCAUGAAGACAGUGAGACAUGCAGCUUUCACCUUGACGAGGACACAGAGAAACAGAGUGGACACUUUUGGAAAACUAUUUUUUUAGGAUGAUGGAAAUCAAAGUGCUGAAGAUGUACAGGAAACGCGGGAAUUUGUUCGUUGUCUCCUCCCCGAACUUGUUAUCCAGCUCGUGCUACUGUCCAGAGAACCCGAUAUCGGAUGAUGUUGUUAUUUUUAAUUUCUUUGACGACGUCCUGACGACGAUGAGUUCCAUUCACACACAACUCUCAGAUGCUAAAUGUAAAUUCCCUGACAGUAGUGGGGCUUUAAGUGCUAAAGUGCGCCCAUUAAUGGAUGCACUUGACUUUGUGCUUGACAUUAAGCAGCGGAAGAGUAGAUAUGGGACAACAAUGGCUCGAUUAUUCAUUUUUCCUUUUAAUGCAUCACUUUAUCCUCCAAAGAUCAUCAACACUGAAAUAUGAUGCAGCUGCGUGUGAUUUUUAAACAUUUUCGUCCCAGCUCAGGAGGCUGAAAAGCAUCUUCUAGACAUUUGAGAGGAAAAAAAAACGCCUUUUGUGUACAAUAUUUCAAGUAUAUUAACACGGAUUAUUUAAGCAAAGCAAACCGUCCACUCAUUGACGUACACAGCGUUGACGGGAAGGUAGUUUGCCAGUUUUCAGCCAUUGAUCUCAGUUUGUGCAUCGUUGAUUUUACCAGACUUGUGCACAACAACUGUUUGCCUUAAAACAUGGAGGAAAUGGCUAUUUCCACGAUGUACGACAAUGAUCAGGUUAUUCCUACCUUGUGAGCGAUUUCACUCCUUGUAUAUACGCGUGUAUUUCCAGACCAACGUUGUAUUGUUUUUACUGACGCGAGGAUAAGAGUCGGUCAUUUUAUAACAGCGCUCUGCUCUUGUCGUAACGCGACGCGUUUUAAAAGUUAACGAAACAGAAUAAAUGAUUUGUUUUCAGACCUGGGUCAGCUAAUCUGUCGUUGUUUUCCUUUUUCACGCUGGAUAAUACUGUGAAUGUUGUACAAUUGACUUAGUCGUGUUCAUACUUGGAGUAACUUUUGGUAUAUUUUACCUUUGGUGAUAUAAUGGUCUGACUGACUGGACUGACACUGUGUCCGUUUGUCCGUGACGUCUUACACUGCAGCUGAAACGCGUUGGUUUUGACCCCCUCGGUUUUGUAUUUGCUCAAAAAUCGCACGUGUACGAUGAUUUCCGGAUUCCCUGUUUGACGAGAGUCUGGUCCAGCAGUGAUUACGCAAAAUGUGUGAGAGAAAUUCAAUCCCCCCCCCCCACACACAAAACGUGGAAGGAACUCUUUAAAGAAAACCCACUAAUGAAGCCCUGUACAGAAUGUAUGGCUAUAAACAACUGUUUAUAGAAAAUGCUUUUAAGUGUUGUGCUUGUCAGUCCACAACCUCAUGAUUUCAGAAAGUGCCUGAGACCAAAGUGUCUCAUCCUGUCUCAACUGACGAGAAGUGGAAAAAGAAAAGGGGGAAAACAACACAAACCAGUGAAAGCGGUGAGAGUUCAUCUGUGAUUGCAAGGAAACACGUUCCCUGAUCCAUUCCAACGCAUCGUACAACAACUGGGCUUUGACUUUUUUUUUUUUGUUUGAGUAAUUUGCUCGUAAGCACACGGACAAGUCUAUCGAAUGUAUUCAUAUUUGAUGUACAAGCUGAUUAUUCCUUAUUGUUUAUACUUGUCUCCCCCCUGAAUCUAUACUAUCUGGACUCUUUUAUUUAUGUGUAUGCGAAAACCAGUGAAUAGUCUCUUGUGGUUGACAAAUGAGAGGGUUUAAGAGUUUUCCA